UCUCAAGAGUUUAAUGAUAAUAUAGAGCAAGUUGAAGAUAAUUAUAAUGAUGUUGAUGAAUAUGAACUACAAGAAAUUGAUAAUGCAAAUAAAAUACAAAAACUAAUAUUUUAUGAUGAUUUUAUAUCAUUGUUAUAUGACUCUGAAAUUGAAGAGUGUUCUAAAAACACAUUAGCUUCAGAAAUUAUUGAAAUUAUAGACUCAGAUGAUGAUAUAAAUAAAGAUCAACAUUAUACAUUGUUAGAAAAAGAAAAAUGA